GAGACCAUGGUAUUCCCAAGCAACUUCACAUGGAAAUUUCCAACCUUCUUGUUGACUUGCGUUCCUGGCCUUGAGUCUGCUCACGUCUGGAUCUCCAUCCCCUUCUGUUGCCUCUAUGCCGUUGCCCUCUCUGGGAACAGCAUGAUCCUCUUUGUCACGGUGACCCAGCAGAGUCUCCAUGAACCCAUGUACUAUUUCCUCUCCUUGCUGUCAGCCGCGGACCUGGGUUUGACUGUUUCUACAAUGUCAACCACCUUGGGAGUCCUGUGGUUUCAUGCAAAUGAAAUCAAUCUAGACACCUGCAUUAUCCAGAUGUUUUUUCUCCAUGGAUUCACUUUUAUAGAAUCUGGGGUGUUGGUUGCCAUGGCUUUUGACCGUUAUGUAGCAAUCUGUAACCCUCUUAGGUACACAACAGUUCUUACUAACUCUAGAGUCAUUCAGAUGAGUUUCCUAGUGAUUGUGCGUUCUGUAGUAUUAACAGUACCACUACUUUUGCUCCUCAAGCCUCUCCCUUUCUGUAAAAUGAAUACCCUUUCCCACUCUUACUGCUACCAUCCAGAUGUGAUUAAACUAGCAUGCUCAGACACUCGGGCCAACAGCAUCUGUGGAUUAGCUGAUCUCGUUCUCACCACAGGGGUAGAUACACCAUGCAUUGUCUUGUCUUAUAUAUUGAUCAUUCAGUCUGUCCUUGGUAUUGCCUCCUCUGAAGAAAGGUACAAAGUCUUCAGCACCUGUGUGUCCCACAUUGGAGCAGUUGCUAUUUUCUAUAUCCCUAUGAUGAGCCUGUCCUUGGUACAUCGCUAUGGUCGGUCAACCCCUAAAGUGGUCCAUUCAAUGAUGGCCAAUGUUUACCUUCUUUUGCCUCCAGUACUCAACCCCAUCAUCUACAGUGUGAAAACUAAACAGAUCCGCAAGGCUAUCCUUAGUCUACUCCUUUCAAAAUAA